AUCACCCUCCUUUGGACAAUUUACUGUCCAACCAUCCAGAGUCUACGCACUCAGUGUAUGUCUCGUGGUGGGGUACGCACUCACACUUGACAUUUGAGCAAGACAUUUAGGAACGAAGGGAAGUACAGAGCGUUUUCUUGGGAGAGACUGGGAUUGUUUUGGGAGUAUAUGUUUUUUUCAUGUUUUCUCUGACAGCAUGGAGUACUGCACUUUGAAAGGAUUCCUGGUGGUUUUGCUGAUACAACACUGCAAGUCUGAAGAUCUGUCUACCUCCAUCCAAUCCUCCACUGCGGUCGCCCACCAAGAUGGCCAGAGCUUACCCCAGGAUCCAGAGUUGCCCCCCGCAGAAGUGGUACCAGUAGCGUCCCCUCCUAGCCUGAAGGAGGUGCAGCAGGCCGUGCAGGAGGCAUCAGAGCAGGUGGAGGGUCGUGGGGCUGAGGAAGUGCUGAAGGAGCUGCUGGAGAGAGUGGUGGAGGCAGCUCUGGGACAGGCGGAAGCAGGGAACGACGCAAAAGCGGAUGUAGUGCAGGAAGCGGUUGAGGAGGAUUCACUGGGGACAAAAUCAAAAGAGAGUGAAGCUGAGGUAGAAGUGCUAGAGGAGGCAGUGGAGGAUGAAGAUAUGGGGGACAAGGAGGAAGAUACCGGUGUUGAAGAGAAGCAGGAGGUAGCAGAGGUGGAUGCACUUGAAGAUGUGGCCGAGGAGGGGAAAGGAGUUGUCGAGGCAGAGGGUGAAACAGCAGCUGGAUCUGUGGAGAAGACCACAGCCGCUGUAGAAACUGAAGUCAGACAGACAGAGGGUGUGGAGGUUAUCGAUGAGUCGCUGGGAAGUGAGGAGGAGGUUGUGGAAGGAGCUGUGGCUGCUUUAGAAGAGAAAGGAGGGGAUUUGGCCAUAGAGGAGGCAGGGGAGGAGGACAGCGAGGAUCAGGUCGUGUUGUCUGAAGAAAAAGGAGCAGCUGAAACAGAAAUACAGGAAGCAGAGGAAGCCCCAGCUGCUGUAGAGGUGGCAGUAAUUGGACAGCCAGAUCAGGAGACUGUGGAAGAGUCUGAACCAUGGCUAGGAGAGGCUGACGUGGAGCAGAUAGGGCAUGAUGGGUCGAGAGAAGAGGCUCUGGGGGAUGAAACUCAGGUAGAUGAAACAGAACGUGAAGAGAUAAUAGUGCCUUCUGAUAAUUAUGACAUAGAAGCCACACAAAGUGUAGUAGGAGAUACAGGAGAGGAGGAGGAAGAGGAAGAAAACAUAGUAAUGGAUCCUGAAGGGCCAGAAGGAGAAGAUGGGUAUUUAGUGGAGGGAGGAACUGCAGAAGAGGAAGAAGCAGAAGGUACAGAUGUAGGGGAAGUAACAGGAGAUGAAAUAGAAGGAGAGAGUGUAAUCAAGGAGGAAUCGGUGGUAUUGGUGAAUGAGGAAAGCGUUCAAAAAGCAGGGGAGGAGGAGCAGAUUGCUUUGGAGACUUCAAACGGUGGUGAAAAGGAGGAUGAAGAAGUGGUCUCAGAGCCUGCGGAUGGUGAAGAAGCCUCAAUGGAGCAGAGCCCUGAGAACCAGGCUCCCACCUCAAACCCAUCCCUCAGUGAGGUGGAAACUGGAGAAAACACUCCUGAUGAGGAGAAGUCAGACCACGGCAACGAGAUCAUCACCACCACCGAUGACCUUUUGCCACAGGAGUCCUCUGUGGCUCAACCUACACUAGAUAAUUUCAUGAAUGGUGUUCUAGGUGAACAACCCGAGGCACAAGGAGAGGAACUAGGAGAGGCCAAUGAGCUGGUAGAAGAUACAGCUGGAACUACAGAGACAAAUGAGCUAGGCCUGGAGGCAUGGAAGAUAGGGGCUAUUUCCGCUGCAGUGUUCUUGGUUUUGGAGACUGUUGUCAUCAUUAUCUAUAUCCUCAAAUGUCGCAACAAAAACAGUACCCCGGCCCUACAGCGGGCAUGCGAAGAAGGGUGUGUUGAACCAGAGGCAGCUACAGGAGGUGACUGCAGUGACGACACACUGCCUGCAGGCAAUGGAGACACUCAACAGAUAGCCACGCUUGACCCGUCUGAUGUGGCUUCGACCCUGGCCACAACAAAGGAGAAGCAAGGAGACGAGCAUGCGAUAGCCAUGUCAGGCCUCCCGCCCGGCUCCACAGAGGAGUCAGCCAACACUGGACCAGGACCAGACUCUUCACAAGACCUCAGGACUUCCAUCCUCUAGGGGGUCCAAAUGUUUGUCUGUUCCUGCUGCGUCUAAAUGGAACCCAAAAAGGCCACUUUCCAAGCCUGCACCCAAUCCCAAAUCACCUAGUUACCCUAAAUUCUCAAACCCAACACAGACUGCCUUGGAGUCAAACUGUAAUAACUAGUGCACAUGUAUCGCAUUUAUAUUUGGUGUAUAUGUCUGUUUAUUUGUCUGUCUGUCUGUCUGUCUGUGUGUGCAUGUAACGUGAGCGAAAGAGAUACUGUAACACAUUUUGCAUGUAUGAAUAUGUGGAUGAGUGAACAGGAAGAGCAUGUUUUAAAAUACUCUGUGCAAGUGUGAGUGUGGAAAUGUGAUAAAACUGUUCUGUAUUUAGUUUGAUGUCUGUAAACUCUUUAGGCUGAAAUGGAAUUUUUUCACACUGACCACUUCAGUCAUGCUGUUCAAAGUUGUUGAAAAGAACACAGCAGGAGCAGCGACAAUAAGCAAUUUUCCUGUUUUAAUGGCAAUUCAGUACAGUGUGUUCACAAAGUGCUGGCAGUACCACAGAGUGCUAUAUCUGAGCAGUCUCAUUAAACUGUACAACACUGGCCUACGAGGAAAAGAAAGAAAAAAAACAAGAUUUUUCAUUACUGAGAUGGAUUUUAAAAUUUUAUUUGAUUUUUAUUCUACAUAACUCUUGACCUUUGUAUCAUCAUUUGUGAUUUGAGCAAUACAAAAUAAAGAGAUAAUAUUGAAAAUGUUCCUUU